AUGACAAGUCUGUCGAGGUUUAGUGGCUGCCCUCUUUCUUACGUCUACCCUGGGGAGAGCAAUACUGAACCCAGCAUGGCGCUGCCACCUUUGGCAGGGACGCACAUGGGACACCCCACUGGCAGUUCCUUAAAACUCUGCCCCUCGCACAGUUUACGAGACAACCCCGAAACUAGGUCCAGUACUUAUGAUGGUUAUUCAGUCCCUCAGCCUUCAGACUCUGCAUACUCCAGUCAUCGGUUAGAACACAUUCCUAGAGGCAUUGUUGGUGGAGCAGAUCUCUUUGGAACAGGCAUGCCACCGGUCACUGAUCAACUGGCGUCAAGAACCAACCAACAUGGUCCUAUUGGAAGGUAUCGUGACCUCCCCAGCUAUAGAGAAAACGGAAGCCAAGCCUUUUUCACUGCUUACCACGAGCAGGCCCAGGGGUUUUCCGAAGCCACUCGAGACCUUGGCGGCCAAGUGAUGCUCAGCCUACCAGGAGAUUUUCUCACAAGAACAAACCCAUACAGCCAUUCCCUCAGCGGCCAAAGGGGCAACAGACAACAAAUUGUAACUCAGUUUCUAGGUCUUUACAAACCACUGAAUAUGGCUAUACAUCGAGAGGGGAGCGACGCAUUCCUCAGGUUCUCCAGGCAGACUGUGAAGUGCGAGAUGGUCUGCAAAUGGAGCGACAGCCAAGAGGAGUCUGGGAAGCGGCAGUGCGCGAUGACUUUUGAGUCUAUGUAUGAACUCGUCACCCAUGUAACGGUGGAACACGUAGGGGGACCCGAGCAAGCCGAGCACGUUUGCUUCUGGGAAAACUGCCCGAGGGAGAGGAAGCCAUUCAAAGCCAAAUACAAGCUGGUAAACCACAUCAGAGUCCACACUGGGGAAAAACCUUUCCCCUGCCCUUUCCACGGCUGUGAGAAAGAGUUUGCAAGAUCAGAGAAUCUCAAGAUCCAUAAACGAACACAUACAGGUGAAAAGCCUUUUAAGUGUGAUUUCGAGGGCUGCAAUCGGAGGUUUGCUAACAGCAGUGACCGGAAGAAGCAUUCCCACGUGCACUCCAAUGAUAAACCGUACACGUGUAAGGUCAGAGGGUGCCAGAAGUGCUACACCCAUCCCAGUUCCCUGCGCAAGCACAUGAAACUGCACUGCAAGGCCUACGUGACGAAAGCCAGCGAGGAUUGUAGGGAUGACGGAGAGCACUUUGCUGAGGCCAGGUCACCUGAAGUAAUGGCUGGUCAAAGCUUAUCUACUCCAAAAGCUCCAGUGUCAUGCACCGUGUUUCCUACCUCAUCACAGUGCUCCCUAUCACCGGAGACAGGAGAUGGUUCCUCCCUGAGACAGCGUUUUCUCAACAUGUAUGACAACAAUUUAGACUGCGCUAAUGGAUCGCAGACCCUUCUGGACCCACUGCUGCUGCAGAGAGAGCAUUACAGGACUGAGAUGAUUCAGUACUCCACCAGCCACACAGGCCACAGUUUCGCCCCAAGCCACCGGACAUUUCAGUCACACAGUGGCUCAGCAUUCCAGAAAAAUAUUGUCAACGGCUGGUACACCUGUCAUAGCGUCCCAGAAACACUGCCACAGCGCUCGUCAAAGCAUUAUAACAAUGAUAGAUGUUCAGUGUGACUUAAGUGUCGGAAACACAUUAUGGCCCUCAAAUGUGCUAUCCGACAUGUGGUAAAAUGAAUGGUUGGGGAGGUGCUAUGCUUUCAAUGACGCUCCAGACUUUGUUACAUUUUAU